GAAAAAAUUGCCACUUUCUUAGCUCAGCUCUACAGCCUCUACUGCUGAACCCCAAGUGUAAGAAGCUUGUCGUCGGUGAUCUCGCCGAAGGUACAGAUGGCGUUCUCCAGCUUGAAUCCGCCGGGAGGCCCACUUCCUGCACGGCUCCGACAAAAAGGCUUCCCCAUCAAACGGCCAGUGAUCAUAACCACGGGGACCGUUCUCCCUCUUCAGGUGAAAAAUGAGGAAGAAGGGAGAUUAGAAGCUCCAAUGAACUUGGGUGUGUCACGAAGAGAUAUGAUGAUAUAUUUGACUGCUGGGGCUCUGAGUGGCGGCACAACAGAUCCUGUUGAAGCACGUGUUGUGAAACCUGAGAUCAGAAGAAAGAUCAGGGAAAAGCUUGAGAUGCUUAGGGAAAAGGCCGGGUUAUCAAAGCCAAAAAAUGAGAAUGGAAUGAAGACAUCAUCAGAACAACCAUCGGCAAAGGAGAAAAAGCUGCCGCCAAUACCAUCUCCAAAUUCUAAAGAACCUCUGGUGCAAGCAUCUCUCCCCUGACCACAGGACAGUAAUGACACUCCAUCAUAUGAUCCUUUAUUAAAUUUUGAAUUAUGGCUUUGUUCACAAAUGUAGAUUUUUGUUUGUCUCAUCUCCAAACUAUGAAUUAGAAUUUACAAGCCACCAAAUAAAAAUUAUUAGAUUUGUGGCCGUUUUUCAAUGGCCAUGGUUGAGCUUGGGCUAAUUCAGGAGCAUGAUUCUGUUGCUAAAGUAGUUGUUUGACCAAUGAAUGAAAAAUCCUCUCACAAUGCACAAAGAGUUGAUCAUA